GAGCUGCAAUUGCAAUGCAUCUUCAACUUCUUCUUCGUUGAACCUUCCAAAUCAUAAACCUUUCCCUCUCUUACCUCGCAAAUUUCUUCUCUUUCAUACAAGUUCCUUCUUUUUAUUGGUAUUAUUACCAUCAUCAAUCUCCAAAGUUUUCCAUCAAAUUUUCACGCGAUUAGUUUCAAUUCAGCACAUUUAUUUUUCCUCUAUGUUUCAUUCUGCCGUGUGCUAUCAAUACCCUUUGUGUCAAUUCCAUCUGGGGUGUGGCCCUUUUGCAUGAAAGAUCAAAUCUUGAAGUUCAACUGAUAAAUAAUCCAAUUCAAUUCUGAGUUGUUGUUGUUGCUUUGAUCAAUGGACAAUUAUGGUUCUUCACAACAUCCAUAUGGGUAUCCCAACCCUUAUUCAUACCCUCCUCAUGAUCCAUAUGCUCAACCACCAUAUCCAUAUCCAUAUCCAUAUCCACAUCCAACAAACCCUCCUCAUAAUAACAACUCAAACUACCCAUACCCCCCACCUCCUCCACCACCACACUCCUCAUCCCCUUAUUCUAGCCCCAUAAACUAUUCCUCAUACCCUCCUCCUCCUCCUCCUCCUCCUCCUCCAUCUACCUCAUCACAUGGCUCCUUUGACUAUCCUAUGCCUCAGCCACCUCACACUUAUCCUUACCCUCACCGAGUCCCUCCAGAAUGGAGUGUCACAACAGGAGGUGGAGUGUCUCACUCUCACGCUAGUGAUAGUUAUAACCCUCCUCACUCUGCUGCUUACCCUACUUUGGAUGAUCUCAUGAGCAAUGAUAGGUUGUCAGAUAAUAAUAACCUCCCAAGUGCACCUCCCUUGACACAUUCCCCACCAAUUCUAUAUCUUGAUAGGAGGGAUGAGUUUUAUGGUUAUUCUAGCUACUCCUCCUCAAGUUUGGAUCAGGGGGAUCCUUCUAGGCUCUCAGAUAAUAAUGAUGACUCAGUGAAUAGUGAGAGUUUGCAGAUUGUGCCGGCUCAGCACAAAGGAUCUCUGAGGGUUUUGCUCCUCCAUGGGAAUUUAGAUAUUUGGGUUCAUGGAGCCAAAAACCUUCCAAACAUGGACAUGUUCCACAAGACGUUGGAGGACAUGAUUGGUAGAUUCCCCGGUACUGUUGCGAGCAACAAGAUUGAAGGAACGGUAAGCCGGAAGAUUACUAGUGAUCCUUAUGUGACAAUUUCUGUGUCAAAUGCUGUAAUUGGUAGGACUUUUGUGAUUAGCAAUAGUGAGAAUCCUGUGUGGGAGCAACAUUUCUAUGUUCCUGUUGCACACCAUGCUGCUGAAGUUCAUUUUGUUGUGAAGGACAGUGAUGUGGUGGGUUCACAGCUCAUUGGCGUUGUGGCAAUUCCUGUGGAAAAAAUAUACUCAGGGCAAAAGGUACAAGGGACCUACCCUAUCCUGAACAGCAAUGGUAAGCCUUGUAAGCCAGGUGCUGUUUUGAUGGUAUCCAUUCAGUACAUUCCAAUGCAUACACUUAUCAUGUAUUACCAAGGAGUUGGAGCUGGUCCUGACUACAUUGGGGUUCCUGGCACAUAUUUUCCAUUGAGGAAAGGUGGAACAGUUACUCUAUACCAAGAUGCUCAUGUUCCAGAUGGUUGCCUCCCUAAUGUUGUGCUUGAUAAUGGUGUGUAUUAUGCUCAUGGAAAGUGUUGGCUUGACAUCUUUGACGCCAUAAAUCGAGCUAAGCGUUUGAUUUACAUUACGGGGUGGUCGGUGUGGCACAAAGUUAGGCUGGUAAGGGAUCCUGGAAAUCCAUCAAAGUUCACCCUGGGUGAUAUUCUGAGGUCUAAGUCAUCGGAGGGAGUAAGAGUGCUUCUCCUUAUUUGGGAUGACCCUACAUCAAGAAGCAUUCUAGGUUACAAAGUGGAUGGUGUGAUGGCAACUCAUGAUGAGGAAACUAGACGAUUUUUCAAGCACUCUUCUGUGCACGUGCUGCUUUGUCCUCGCAUUGCUGCAAAACGUCAUAGCUGGGCAAAACAAAAGGAAGUUGGAACAAUAUAUACACAUCAUCAGAAAACUGUAAUUGUGGAUGCUGAUGCCGGAAAUAACCAAAGAAAAAUAGUAGCAUUUGUUGGCGGACUUGAUUUGUGUGAUGGGCGAUAUGAUACUCCCCACCAUCCUCUGUUUAGGACGCUGCAGACACUGCAUAAGGAUGACUAUCACAACCCUACUUUCACGGGUAAUACUGGUGGUUGUCCACGGGAGCCAUGGCAUGACUUGCAUUCUAAAAUUGAUGGUCCAGCAGCUUACGACAUUUUGAAAAACUUUGAGGAGCGCUGGUUAAGAGCCGCAAAACCAAAAGGGAUUCAAAAGUUGAGGAGUUCAUAUGAUGAUGCGUUGCUUAAGCUAGACAGAAUCGGAGAUAUUAUUAGUUCAUCUAAUGCUCCUAGUGUCGGUGAUGAUAAUCCUGAGUCAUGGCAUGUUCAGAUAUUCCGUUCAAUUGAUUCAAGUUCUGUCAAGGGGUUUCCAAAGGAGCCAAAAGAUGCAUCAAGCAUGAAUCUAGUAUGUGGGAAGAAUGUGCUGAUUGACAUGAGCAUACAUACAGCAUAUGUAAAGGCCAUUCGUGCUGCACAACAUUACAUUUAUAUAGAGAAUCAAUAUUUCAUUGGGUCUUCAUAUAAUUGGAGUCAACAUAAAGACCUUGGUGCUAAUAAUUUAAUUCCUAUGGAAAUUGCGCUGAAGAUUGCUGCAAAGAUAAGGGCAAAUGAGAGAUUUGCAGUGUACAUUGUUAUUCCAAUGUGGCCAGAGGGUGUUCCAACUGGUGCUGCCACCCAAAGAAUUCUAUUUUGGCAGCAUAAAACAAUGCAAAUGAUGUAUGAGACAAUUUACAAGGCUUUGGUUGAAGUUGGGCUUGAAACAGCAUUCUCUCCACAAGACUAUUUGAACUUUUUUUGUCUUGGCAAUAGGGAGGCCAUAGAUAUGUACGAGAAUAUCACUGUGUCUGGAACUCCUCCGCCAGCAAAUAGUCCACAAGCAUUUAGUAGAAACAAUCGCCGUUUCAUGAUUUAUGUUCAUUCAAAAGGCAUGAUAGUUGAUGAUGAAUAUGUCAUAUUGGGGUCUGCAAACAUCAACCAGCGCUCUAUGGAAGGAACAAGGGACACCGAGAUUGCAAUGGGUGCGUACCAACCUCAUCAUACCUGGGCAAGAAGCCAGUAUCAUCCUCGUGGGCAAAUCCAUGGAUAUAGGAUGUCACUUUGGGCUGAACAUACGGGUACGAUUGAAGACUGCUUCUUACAACCAGAGAGCCUUGAAUGUGUUAGUAGGAUUAGAACAAUGGGUGAGCUGAACUGGAAGCAAUUUGCAUCAAAUGAUGUAACAGAAAUGACAGGGCAUCUGCUCAAGUACCCGGUAGAAGUCGAUCGAAAGGGUAAGGUAAGAUCCCUCCCGGGCCACGAAGAGUUUCCGGAUGUGGGAGGAAAGAUUGUAGGAUCAUUCAUUGCCAUUCAGGAGAAUCUAACCAUUUGAUUACUUUUUUACAUUCACGUUGCUGGCCAUUAGGAUAGGAAUAGGAUGAAUGUAAAUCACUGGUGUGCAUGUAACUUAAUUAAAUGAUAACUUUUUUUUGGGCCAAUCAUCAUUCAUAUAAAUAAUCACACACGUUAACAUUUAACAUUUUCUGGUGAACAAUCUACACAAGAGAAAUCACUUUGGUGA